ACUGUCGCCCCGCGCGGUCGAUUCGUCUCCCUCGGAAGAAGCCGUCGCGCUGUGUUGCCGUGCAUACGGUGCGUGGGACUCGGCUGCGAGCGUCGGUGGAUUUUACGCGGAUGGUUUCUGGCCCACGUCCACCCCGCCGAGAGACAGACGGGAUUGUUUAAAUCUCGCAAUUUUGGAGUUUGAUGUCCAUUUCGCUUCGGUCCUGGCCUCGGUAUAGGAGCCGGUGGGAGUCGGGGUUGUAGUGACAGGCCGAUGGCGCAACGGUAUGAAGAGCUGUCCCAUUACGGAAUGGACGGACUCGGGAUCCCCUCGGCCGUGUACGGAGACCCGCACGCGGCCCGCUCCGUGCAGGCCGUCCACCUGAGCCACGGAGCCCAGUACCACCAGUACCCGCACCCGGUACCGCCCAGCAUGGGCUCCACUGUCAACGACGCCAUAAAAAGAGACAAAGAUGCCAUUUACGGACAUCCUCUCUUCCCACUCCUAGCACUGAUUUUUGAAAAAUGUGAAUUAGCCACUUGCACGCCCAGAGAGAGCGGGGUCGCUGGAGGCGACGUGUGUUCGUCCGAGUCCUUCAACGAGGACAUAGCGGUGUUCUCCAAACAGAUUCGAUCUGAGAAACCUUUGUUUUCAUCAAACCCCGAGUUGGACAACUUGAUGAUUCAGGCGAUACAAGUAUUACGAUUCCACCUCCUGGAGCUUGAAAAGGUUCACGAACUUUGCGAUAAUUUCUGCCACCGCUACAUCAGCUGCUUGAAAGGCAAAAUGCCCAUCGAUCUUGUUAUAGAGGACAGAGACGGUAACAAAUCCGACAACGAGGAGUUCAGCAGGUCGUCCGGAGCUCUGGACCAGAUCACGUGGAGCAGAGACCAUGACGACGCCGUGUCCAUCCGUUCAGGGGGGACACCCGGGCCUGCCAGUGGGGGACACACCUCUCACAGCGGGGACAACAGCAGCGAUCAAGGUGACUGUCUGGACAACGGAGUGGCGUCACCCAGCACGGGGGACGACGAUGACACGGACAAAGACAAAAGGCACAACAAGAAAAGAGGCAUCUUCCCUAAAGUAGCAACCAACAUCAUGAGGGCGUGGCUCUUCCAGCACCUGACGCACCCUUAUCCUUCUGAGGAGCAGAAGAAGCAGCUAGCGCAGGACACGGGGCUUACCAUUCUACAAGUCAACAACUGGUUCAUCAACGCAAGACGACGGAUAGUUCAGCCAAUGAUCGACCAGUCCAACAGAGCAGUGAGUCAGGGCGGGCCGUACACGCCAGAUGGUCAGCCAAUGGGAGGCUUCAUCAUGGACGGCCAGACACACAUGGGAAUCCGACCACCUGGUCCUAUGGGUGGGGUGGGGAUGGGUGUGGAGGGGCAGUGGCACUACAUGUAACCCCCCCCCGCCCCAGUCAGCGGACCCAGCUCAGUGCCCGACGGGAGCCACUGACCGUGUACAGCCUUGAGAUCCGGGUCCAGCUUGGAGAAAGACCCCAAACCUACGCUUUCGGGCUCAAAUUCUCUGAGCUCCCAGACCAUCUGGCGAGCAUACACCUGACCGGCUGGUGGUGCUUUUUCAUUCAACACCAUGUGUCCUGUAUGGACUGGGCCCUGUCAGUGGAGACAUUGGUACCCGAACCAGCUCCUUCACUCUCUUUUACCUUCAAUGAUUGUCAGUAAGACAGACUUCCACAGAGGACGAUGUUGCAGGCCUCUGCACACCACACAACGGAUUUGUGAGGAUGGAUUUACUACAGACUUCCCUUUUUUGUCCUUUUUUAUGGACUACAAUUACCUGAGCCUGCAGUGGACAGUUUAAAGGUUUUAUUAAAGUUUAAUAGCUUGUGUCCUCUCCGUCUUCUCUCUUGAGCUGCAUUCAGUUUGAAUGGUUAUGCAGAGGACAACAUAGGAGGUGAAAUUCAAAAGGCGGUGUACCUGCGGUGACAAGAAGCUGGCGUCUGUGUUUUGAAACGAGGGACUGUUGUUAUAAGAGAGUGACAUUGAUAAUAGCUCUGAGAUUUGAAACUUGAGGGAAGGUCGUGCAGUACUAUUUACUGUGUGACCAGGAAGGACAAGACAUAGGAGAUACUAUUUACUACAAGUGCUCUGGUAUUGCCUUUUGCAUACUAUAACUGUUUUGUAAAAAGAAAAGGACUGGUCUUGUUACACUUUUCACACUGUGUGUGUUUUUCUCUUUUUCAAAGACGUUUAUCUUCGCUUAACCCUUAUUGGAUCUCUUUGUGUUCAAAAUGUUAAAAAAAAGAAGAAAGAAUUAAAAGUGAAACUAUUUUGUCUGUGCUCCUUGUUUGAACAC